AAUUAUUAUAUUUAAACGCAACUGCUCUUCCUUGAUGGUUAUUCGUGAUUCGAUGCUGGAGCGUAUAUUUGCUAAAGUUCGGAGGCGAUACGGAAUACGGUGAUCUAAGAUUGUUCGUACAUGUUUCAAAUUUACCUACUUGCUUAGGAGAUUGGAUUCAACAUGGGUUUUAUAAAGAUACAUCUUUUGGUCAGCUUCUUAGCCCUGCUAGCGAUCAUUACUCUAAUUCAGGCUGCGCCUCAACCAGCAACUGAAUGGGACCGACACAACAAUCCAUGCGUUUAUGAUGACUUUAAGGUAGAAGUUUGCCAAUUUUGUGCAAAAUUGACAAAGUCCCCAAUUGUGUACCCCAUGUGCUGCAACAGCGAGGAUAACGUAUACGAGUGGUGCAACAAAUACAUCAAUUAUGGAGGAAGGAUUAAUUAAGGAACAUCGGGCAUGAUCACUUUUCUCAGGAAAAGUGAAAAAUAUGGCCCGAUGGCUCCCACACCUUUAGGGCUCAAUCUUCAAAGCUAGUUUUGCUGUUGUGAUUAAAGACGUACCUACACGUGUGAUAUAAUUAAAAUCCUCAACAGUUGGUGUAUGUAUAGUUCGUUUUCAUCAGGCAACAAGCUGCUUUAGAAUAAUGUAUUCCCCAAAAUCGCUUGUUCAGCUCAGUGCAAAAGGGCGAAAAUUUUCAGUGCAGUAAUGGAGAAAAUGUGACUUCACUUCAGCUAGAUGCCAACUAACCCAAGUUAGCUAAUGUAACUUGUUCGUGUAUGCUAAAUUAGUAUAUUUUUUUGCAAUAACCAUGCGAUAUAUGUUUACUUACUUUAAGAAUCAGCACACUUAUUAUACGUAGGGAUUAGAGCCCAUUUAAGUGGCUUUAGUUGGAUACCAACUUAUUAUUGAAAAUAUGCGGCUGUGAAAAUGAUUUUUAUAAUCUUGGAUGAAUGUCAUUGCAAUGCAAGCAAUCAAGUUGCAACGUUCUGUUGCCUCUACUUAUUUAAGCCUUAUUUAUUUUUGUAUGUUUUUAAAAAAUAAAUGUUUGUAGAAAAA